AUGUACCCACCCUUGCUUGCUUCAUUAUCGCAGCGCCUGAAUUUCGCUGUGGAAUUUGGCGAUUUGGCCGCGCAACGACGAGCUUAUAGCAACCUGGGAAACGCCUAUAUCUAUCUGGCUGAUUUUCCGUCCGCUGCGAUUAACUACAGAAACGCGUUUCGUCUCGCCCAACAACUGAAUACUGUUGAACUAGAGGCCCAGGCAUGCUACAGUCUCGGCAACACGUUCACACUGUUACGGGAGCCCAGCAAAGCUGUUGUUUAUUAUCUGCGUCAUUUGGUCAUUGCCCGACGUCUUGGCGAUCAGGUUGGACAAGGUCGAGCUCAUUGGUCCCUGGCGAACACAUAUACUACACUGGAACGAUAUGAUUUAGCACUGCGUUGUGCACGACGACAUCGUCGUAUUGCUCAGAAGGUCAGUUCACUCAUUAUUUGCACGCUGUCACAGAAAGAAUACACAUGUUUCAUUAUAUUUCUUACUUUUUUGGUCCAGUCUGUUAGUUUUAAACAAACCAUGCUAUUGAGGUUUUUGUACUAUGCAUAUAAAUGGCUUCGCGAUUUGAGUACAGGUUCGAUAGUACUACCAUUCUUCCCAAGCCAAAAUAUAUGGUUUUCUGAAACAAAACAACAGAGUGGCGAACAAGCUCGUUUUCAGAGAUUCGUAAUCAUGCCAAUACAUCUCAAUAUAUAUCACUACUUGGGAAUAAAAUUGUCAUGGGAAAAUAAAAUAAAAUAA